AUGCACAUCAACGACGACGAGAAUGAAUCACAUUCUUCCUAUGAUGAAGAUAAUAGCUACACUUCACUAUUAUCUGCUCGAAUCACCGAAGCGCCGAAAAGUGAUGCGAAAUCUCCACAUCACUCAUACCCGCCCGAAGUAUCUCGACGUAGUCCAUGCCAUGAGGAUGAAGCAGGGAUAGAACUCAACUACAACGACUUCAAAAGGCUCGAAAAAAAGCAGACUCUUCUUCGGAUGAGGGCGUAUACUUUCGUGUACAUCUUGUCCAGGUUUUUUCGAUUCGGUACCUUGUCUGGCGUUUCCGUGUGGCAUUAUCGAAGCUUGACGGAGACAUCGAAUAUGCCCAACGAAAUUCGAUAUCCACGUUGGGAUACAUAUACUCGGCGUUCUGUCAAGCAUUUGGCAGUAACUCUUCUGCUGGCGACAACUGCAAUAUUUGUAAUAAUGCUCGUGGUUAUCAGUGGGGCAGUUUUACUCUACGGAGGCAUACCACCGUCAUAUUCGAAUGUAAGACUCAGUGAAAGGUCACUUCCACAGCAUCGUUGGGGCCAUGAUAUUUUGGAUCGUCCUGGUGGAUUUGCAAAGGCAGGUGCCGUGAAUACAGGAGGUUUCAUAGAAGGAACAAGCGAACUUGAAGGUGCUCGAUAUUUGAGGUUUCCUGACCAUCUAUGGGGACAUGGAUUGAAUAAUGUCUUGCAAGAAGCGCUGCUGUACGGCCUUUUAGCUCACUAUUCCAACAGAUCCUAUGUAUUCGAAGAUUUUGUCUGGUCACAUCUACCACUUCCAUACACUUUAUACGAUUUCACUCUGCGACCUACGCGUAUGCCAAUGAGUGCAUUCCUAGGUGGAUGGUUGGUUGGGCAAGAUUCUUUUCAAGGACGUGACCUACCGCGUCUACAGCUUCAGGAAGUCGGACGCGCAAAAACAGGUCGCGAGGAUACAGAGGAGCAUCGGGAAGACGGGCCGUUGAUUGCGAGGGUACGCGAUUUGUCAAAAUGGGCUCGUGCGCAGUUUGUUUUUCGGGUUGAACCGCAACGCCCACGUAUCCAGAAACAAAAGCCACAGUAUCGGACAACAACACCAUAUCCUCUUUUAAAUCAACAUGGAAGCUCUCCUGAUCCACACUUUCAUCUUGGAGCUGUCAAUCCAAGGACAGCGUCCACCUCAACGUCGCCUCGGGAUAAAACUAUGACUGUGUCACUCAGAGCUUCUAGAAGCUCGAUAUCAGCGGAAUACUUCGAACAUAUUUGCCCUCCAAGCAGGCGGGUAGAAAUUGUUUACGACUGGCCUUCCGACCAUGUCCCAGAGAACGCAGGACCUCCUGAUCCCGUGGCGGAUGGGAUCGAUAUUCUUGACUGGUGGCUAGAAAGGUUGGAGCAUGAAGAUGUCCGACGAGAGCCAUGCGUCGUUAUAAAAGAGCAGAAACGAAGGGUAUGGGAUUCCAACUUUUUUGGGAGUAUUCGACCACUUUCCCUGCUUCCACUUCUCCGAGAAUCACCUAUUCUCACAUCCUUUGCGUGGUCGGACCUCGUUACAACAGCCAUUGACAAAACUGUGGUCACGUUUUUUCCUUCUCGUCAACGCAGCGCUCUUCUCAGGAGCCCACAAACUGUCCUAUCUGGUAUCUCGCAAAUGAAGCCCUCCACACCUCUGGGAUCUGUUGGAGGCCCAAUUGUUGAAGUAGAUAGGUGCCCUGAUUGCCCACCACUCAUUUCUUGGGAUGUCGGCACUGCUUCGGGAGAUAUCAUUGCACAUUCUGACCUGAAAUCUGCUGACUGCCUCUCUGGAACUGAUUCCAACUGUCAGUACUCUUCAGGAGCAUCCGAUGUGGUCAACACAACGGACAACAUCAGUUUUCAGGAAAAUAUUGACUGGAAGGUCAUUCCAGGCAUGUUAGCCGUGCAUCUACGCAGAGGCGAUUAUAAGAGACAUUGCUUGCGCCUGGCACACUGGCGUGCGGGAUACAUGGCCUGGAACCGUCUUGUUGAAACUCCGAGUGUCUUGCCUGAUACUGUUCACGAUAGCUCUGAUUCCCAUGAGAUGUCGUUUGAGAGUGGCUUGCUGGAGUAUUUAAAACAGCACAACGAUUCGAGAAUUCCUGAUUAUACGGAUACGGCCAAUGGUACCAGUCAGUCGCUGACUCUCCUUAGAGACGUCGUCGAUAUCGAUAUGGCAGACCAGAAACGCAGAACGCCGUUGGAAGCAUAUUACCUUGCGCAUUGUCUGCCUACCAUUUCUCAGAUUGUGAAGCGAUUGAGAGAAGUGAGAGAAGAGUACGAACGCGCCAUAACAUCCGUAAUUUCAACGAUGACAAGGACAACGACUGAUAUUGUUUCGCCAGCUUCGGGCCAACAGACCACCGUUGCCAAUACACGUACUGGCAGCGAUUCUCCAAUGACUACUGUCGCCCCAAGUUCAAAACACACUAACCCUCAUGAGUUUAGGCUGAAAGAAGUCUAUGUGCUCACAAACGGUUGGCCGUCCUUCGUGGAGGAACUUCGUGUGGCUUUGCUUGAGGAUGGAUGGGAAAAGGUCGUCGGGAGCCCUGACGUCGAACGCGGAGAGCUUACUCAGCAGGAAGCCCGAACUACCUUGACUAGUGAUGAGAAAGAAGAAUGUUGUAUCAAAUCCAGCGCAAGCGGCGACCUGCCCACCACAUCUGCGGACGCUAUGAUUGCCCUUGCUAGAGCGGGCAAUUCGUGUCGCUGUACAGGUGAACAUGGGCUGAAUAAAGAGGAGAAGGGGGUUAGCGCUGCUAUUGAUAUGGGGCUGGCUGAACGAGCAGAAAUCUUCGUUGGAAAUGGAUUCUCGAGCCUUUCUGCGAACAUCGUCAUGCUUCGAUUGGCGAGAGGCCUUGGAGUACAUACGAACAGGAUGCUAUAA